AGCACACACACACACGCACACAUUCACGUUCGUCCAUCCCCAUCCUCCUGCCCUUACUUCCGCACCCCACCCCACUCCACUCCACCCUCACUCCAUCCCCACAAUGGCCCUCAGACUCACUGCCUCGCCCAUCAGCCGCGCUGCCCCUGCUCUUCGCUUGGCCGCUGCCAUGCGCUCGUCCUCGGGCGUGAACACCCGUGUUUACUUCCAUGCCUCUCGCACUGCUGCUGCCACUGGCCAGACCUCUGGCGAUGUCACUGAUGUCUACAAGCCUGUCGUUUACAAGAUCCCUGCCCCUAACCAGAUGCACGGAUCCUACCACUGGGACUUUGAGCGUCUGCUGUCGGUCGCGUUGGUCCCUCUGUUUGCUGCCUCGGCCAUCAGUGGAGCCCACCCUAUUACGGACGGUCUCUUGGGAGUUGUUGUGCCCAUUCACGCCCACAUUGGUUUCGAUGCCAUGGUGACUGACUACCUCCACCCCGGCAAGGUCGGCGUGCUUGGCAACAAGUCCAUCAACUGGGCUCUUCGCGGCGCGACUGUGUUGGUCCUGGUCGGAUGCUACCAGUUCAACACCUCGGAUAUUGGAUUGACCGAGUUGGUCAAGAAGGCCUGGGAGGCAUAAGCUGUUGAAGGAGAAGACGAAAAAAGCAGACAGAGAACGGAUGAAAUAAUAUAUAAAAAAAAAA